UCCAUUAACAAUCUACAGGGUGACCUUUAGAAGAGACCUGAGAACCUGCACAGACAUCUUUGGAAGGGACCUGACCCCUUGGUACCUCAGAACAAAAUUACCUGCAUACAGUUACCUCCUAUAAUACACAGGACACAUUACUUUUAUUACUUAAAGUAUAUUUUUCUGAUAAUGUCUCUGUACGCUUUAUUGAAUGUGAUUACCUAAUUCAGUAUGUCUGUGUGUGUGUUUACGUUUUAUAUCUGCACUUUUAUCGAAUCAAGAAUUUGAGUCGUUUUUCCAACACAGCAAAAGGUGACUGCUUUCUAGGUGCGUAAAGCAAAUGGUCCAAGGCUUUCCAAACUGAAUGACAAUGAAUAAAUGGACUUUAGUGUGUGCACAUUUGCUAUGUGACACAAAGCAACACGCAGACAAAUGCUGGAUAGGUGUGAGAAUGGGAGAGAGUCCUCCAUCUGUUUCUUGUCGUGGGAAUGUGGAGCAGGAAGCUCGAGCCUCGCUUUAUUACCUGUUAAAACUGCUGCAUUAUUUGCAAAAUGUGCUUGAAGGACAGGUGACGCUCACAUUCCCAGACACAACAUGCGUGAGACAUUCAGACAAGUUGUGACAGGAAAGGUUCUGUAACUAACCCUAUUCGUUUAAAUGGUCGUGCGUAAAAGGAUGGAUUUCAGGCAUGGCACGGCUGUCUUUUAAUACAUCGCUUGACAAGAAUGUGUAGUUUUUUCUUCUUCUUGGAAAUGGAUAUUUAAAAGGAUUUCUUUGUAGUUUAUCUGAUGACCGACGACAGCACAAGUUUGGAAUAAUUGGUCUGAAAAGCGUUUUGUCACCAACCUUCAGUGCUAGUUUGUGGAGACGUGAGAUCGCCUCCCCCCGGUCUCUCUCAUGGGAAACUCGAGCAAGAAGUUCAAUUUGCACUUUAUUACCUGCUAGAAUCGAUACGUCGUAACGCAACGUGUCCGGAGGAAAGGUGGAUAUCAGGUUCCCACGCGUUGAUCUCCCAAAAUUUGCAAAAUUACAUCUGGCUACACACAAAUAUACACAGCUCUGUCUGCUUUUAAUUUGAAUUACAUUGAUCUUCAAAGCUGCGCAUCAAGUAGUUUUACGCACACACUUGUUAAGAUUCUACAGAGUCUUUAGAGACUAUGAAACACAUAACAGGCUUUUUUUUUUUACUUCCAGCAGUGUAGAGUAACUAAGUACAUUUAGUCAAGCACUGUGUUUCAAUUUGUUACUUUAUGCUGCCACUCCAUCCUUAAGAGAGAAAUACUGUACUUCACUACACUUAUUUUAAACUUUAGUUAUCAAUUACGUUGCAUAUUCACAACAACAACAACAACAACAAUAAUAAAUGAUAAAAUGAUAACAAUUAACAGCACUGCUCAUAAAAUAAAUGACUCUACGCUUUGCCCUAACAGUUUCCAUUCUUGCCGUUUUAUAUAGAACUAAUGAAAUUCUUGGAAACAUGAUGAAUAAAGCCAAACAGCAAGGUUUUUUUUUAUUUUGCAGCAAUGUAAUUUAACUACGUACAUUUACUCAAGUAGGCCUAUUGCUUCCACUACUGUUCUUUUAACUUCACUGCAUCGUAUUAAAUAACAAUAUUUUUUAAUUGCUUUACAUAUUAAUAAUAACAAAUAUAAUCAACACUCACAUAAUUAUAUACAGUAUUAUUGUCCGGCAACGAUGCCUGAUUUCUGGAUGACAUUUUAUUCCUUAUAAGGAAGGCAGUAGAAAUGAGCUUCCCCUUCACCAGGUGCAGCAUUAAAAUGAUGAACACAUCAAUACGUUGAUAGAUAUAGUCCAAAAGAUUAUUCUGACAUGUCUGCCUAAUUGUAUUUUUGGUACUUUAAGUAGACUUCAGUGCUGAUACUUUUACGGUAUUACCUUAUUUGUAGCAGAGGAUUUCUACACUGGGGUUUUGUUACUUUUACUCUAAGUUCUAAGUAGUACUUCCUGCAUCACUGCUGACCUGGUUUUGUUUUACGUCGACCGCUAAGAAGACAACAAUUUACAGAAUUACGCAUAAAAAAGGAUUUGACGCAUGCCAGUCUCGGUUCGCAGAGACUUUCAUCUCACUUCGGCGUCCAUGACAAUGCCGUGGGGGAGUCACCGUCAUUUGUCCGCAGCUUCACGCUGUCCUUGCGGAUGUCGGUCACACAUGGAAAUAAGUGUCGCACGUGGUGACACCUUUCACAGGCGCGUGCUGCUCACACCUGGCCGGGCUGCUGCACGCGCCAGCGGAUUAGUGGAGCGCCCUGUUGGCGCGUUGUUCAGCCUCCAUUUAUCCACUCAUCUUUAGAUUCUCGUCAAAUGUGUUACAAUAGAUCCCUUAGAAAGACACUCUGAAACCCCAAAUAAAUAAAACGCAUACAUUUUAUCUUCCUAAUAUUGAGUUCAUGCUUUAAAAACAAAAGCCGCUUUUUGCUUCCUAACACAACAGACUACCAUAUUGUGGAAAAAGCGUUAAACCACAAGAAAAAAAUAUUGCAAAAAGUGUAGUUUUUGAUAUUUAACCAAUAUUUAACCGUCAAAUAGAUCUUUUUCUCUUGUUUGUGACCACCUCAAUGACCUGUGAGUCUGAGAGGUGGUGGGAGGAGCCUAGCGCCUCACUCACUUGUGGCUUAAAAGCCCUCACUGAAGCUUGUCUGCUCACAUUCCGCUGUGACUGACCGACAGACAGAGCUACUGCUACUGCUGGAAACUUCAACUCCAAUCAUGAAAAUGCUCCAAGAUUUAGAGGACGCAAAGGCCAAAAAGAAGAGUCUCAAACCUGAGGUGGAGAGACGGAGAAGAGAGAGAAUUAACCGCAGCCUGGACAAUCUAAAGACUCUUCUGAUGCAGCAGGGGGACACUCGGCGCAGAGUGGAGAAAGCUGAGAUCCUGGAGCACACAGUCCUCUUCCUCCAGAACACGGCGCUCGGAGACCAGACGAGAGCUGGAGGUGGAGGCCAGAAACACUCCUAUCAAGAUGGUUUCUCCACCUGCCUGCAGAGAGCUGCUCACUUCCUGGGGCCUCAAGGAAAAGGCCUGUGGCUCGGAGAAAGGCUGGAUGCAUCGUUUGCCUCUCGCUUCUCCGGUGCAGGCUCUGUAUCUGCAGGCAGAGAAGCUGAAGCUCCGUCCUCCUCCAGCUCUUUUAUUCUCAGUAAGUCCUCCAGGUUUAUUCUUCGGAUGCUGAUACACAGAUCCGGGCACAGAUUGUGCGCAACUGCAGUCAAUAUGGCAAGGUGUCCCCACACAAACGGAGAAUCAAGUCGCGCCCAAACAACUCCCCAGCAGCCCCACAACGUGCUGAAUCGAGCGAGGAAACAGAGCCCGCCCCAGAGCCACCCGGUCAGCGGGUCUCUGUGGAGACCCUGGCCCUGAUCAUCACUUCAGAAACAGAACUUUGUAAGGCCAUAAUGCGUGUUGUUCAUUGGGGACCUUUGCAGUGCAAUGUAUUAAUCACAGACCUCCUGCUUUCUGCGGCUUCUGCUAUUGUAAUUAUAUUAUAACCACACCAAAUGCUGCUACAGCCUGUACAGGCGAACUCAUGUUGACUGUGUCAUCUAUCAGAUGUUUUUGCACCUUAACUUAUUUUAUUUUGCAUGUGUAAAUAAACAAAAUGAAAACUCCAUUAAACAGCGUGUUCAGUGAUUGUUUCC